AUGGAUGUGGAGCCCACACUGCAGCCUCUCAAGAACAUUGUGCCGGCCGCCCAGAACAACAUAAACGUCAAAUUCAUACUUCUUGACAAAGGGAGAGUAACAUUAGAAGGUCAACACAAAACGUGCCUUGCACUGGCGGCUGACGAGACAGCAGCUGUGCACUUCCAGCUGUGGGGGCCCGAAUGUGAUGCCUUUGAGCCCGGAGAUAUAAUUCACUUGAUCAAUGGUAUUUUUUCUUACAAUAGGAACAACCUUGUGCUUCGGGCCGGGAAAAGAGGUAAGGCCGAAAAAGUGGGGGAAUUCACCAUGACUUUUGUGGAGACACCUAAUUUGAGCGAGAUAAGGUGGGGUCCCGAUCCCAGUGACUCGAAGAAGUAUGUGCAGCUGGGUGUGAUCUCGCCUUAUUCAAGAAUUUUUGUUCCUCAUUGA